AUACCAGAAGGCUCAUUGCUACUCGGCGCGCGCUUGGUUGCGACGUCUGCUCGUACUUGAAACAUUGCGCGCAUUUUUUUUUAAAUACCAGGUGUAACUGAAGUUUGCCGCAUAGUAUUUGAAAUCAUGUUCGAAGCGCGCCUUGUCCAGGGAGCUCUGCUCAAGAAAGUUCUUGAAGCGGUGAAAGAUCUGAUCAACGAGGCGACAUGGGACUGCUCGGCGACAGGCAUCAGUCUCCAGGCCAUGGACAACUCUCACGUCAGUCUAGUCUCGUUAAAUUUGCGCAGCGAUGGCUUCGACAAGUUUCGGUGUGAUCGUAACCUUUCGAUGGGCAUGAACCUUGCCAGUGUAUCGAAAAUCCUGAGGUGUGCCGCAAAUGAUGAUAUUAUUACCAUCAAGGCACAGGAUGAUGCGGACACCGUUAAUUUUGUGUUCGAGGCGCCGAACCAAGAAAAGGUGUCUGAUUAUGAGAUGAAGCUGAUGAAUAUUGACACGGAGCACCUGGGCAUACCGGAAACUGAUUACAGUGUGGUCAUAAAGAUGCCAUCUGGAGAAUUCCAGCGUAUUUGCCGGGAUCUGAGCCAAAUUGGUGACUCUGUGCAGAUAACUUGCACAAAGGACGGUGUGCGGUUUUCCGUCAGCGGUGAUCUGGGAACAGGGAAUGUGAAGCUCUCGCAAACUGCCAAUGUCGACAAAGAAGAGGAGGCUGUGAUCAUUGAAAUGCAGGAAGCGGUGUCAUUAACGUUUGCCUUGCGCUACCUUAACUCCUUCACCAAAGCUACACCUUUGUCGGCACAGGUGCAGCUGUCGAUGUCUGCAGAUGUGCCUUUAGUGGUUGAGUACAAGAUUGAGGACAUGGGUUAUGUCCGCUACUACCUGGCACCGAAGAUAGAGGAUUCAGAAGAUAACUGAGCAUUGACAUCUUGUUCAUUCUACUUAGUUAUUCACCACCAUGCCCUUACCCCCUCCCCAGUUUAAUUGAUGUCACCAAAUAAAUUCACUUGUUCCUUUUCA